CUCCCCUUGGAACGUCAGCAGCAACACAAUCAUCAUGGCUGUUCAAGACGGGCCAUACAACGUCAAGGCGAUUGAAAGCAGCCUUCAAAAUCACGUGGACUGGAUGAAGCGAAUUCAAGCCUUGCAGUUGAUUCAAGCAUGGGCCAAAAGUGAAAAAGCCCACAGUUCCCCUGAGUUUGUGAACGGGAUCCACCAACUACGAGAUCUCGUUGCCGAGCAAGUGGCUGACAUUCGGUCCAGUGUGUCCAAGGAGGCUUCGUUGACGAUUUCCAUUUUGGCCAACAAUAUGAAAGAUGCGGCGUUCGGUCCGUUAGUAGACGUGUUCUUGACAUCGCUACUCAAAGCCCUUGGGAUCACGAUUGAGGUGAUUGCAUCGGCAGCUGACUCGUGCAUCCAAAGCGUGCUCAAGAGCUCUCGUAUUGGACAUUACGCUGCUAUUCCAAAACUUGUGGAGGCAUGUGCGAGCCGUAACGCCAGCUUGCGAAAGCACGCGAUGGAAUACAUGACACUAACCUGCAAUCAGUGGAAUCCGAGGUCUAUGAGUCGCCAUGGCGUGCCCGACCAAAUCUCCAAAGUGUUGUUACCAGCACUAUGCGAUGCCAAUGGCGACGUGCGAGCGGCUUCGCGCAAAUGUUUUUGGGCGUUUCAUGCAGUCGAUACGAAAAAAGCCUUGCUCGUGUUUGACAAAUUGGACAGCGCCACGAAAGUAAAGUUGAUCGAAGAAGGAGGAUCGGGUUUUGACUUCAAAGCGCCGACGGCGACGCCGUCUUCGUCAUAUCCAUCGGGGGUUACAUCGAAAACGACCUUUCGUAGUCGCUCGUUGAAGGCAGAUGGAUCGGCCAAGGACAUGAACCCUGUCGUCACCCGCUUAUACCAGCCCCAUUACUUUCAAAACCGAUGGCAACGCCGGGCCAACCUCAAGGAAGCGCAGGACCUGCGCGAAUGCACGUUCACCCCCGUGAUCCUUCGAAAACAACUCAAAACCAACGUCAAGCACGCCGCGGUGCCGAUGCUCGAGCUGGACAAGUUGGCCAUCCAAGGCGACCUGCGGGGCUGCGUCUCCCCCGUGAAUGCGUGACGACAUACAUGCCUUAACGUUAAUAUUAAUCUUGCCUUUUUGUCAUGC